AUGAAUCAAUAUAUACAAUACAGCCUUGAUAGUGCAUAUGGAACUGAAAAUGUCACUAAAAGUCGUUCUUCCUUCCUUUUUGGCUAUCCAUGCACUGAUGCAAAUAAUUGUACAAAUUAUGAAGUCAAUCUCCAACCUGCAAUAUACAAAAUCGAAUGUUGGGGAUCAUCAGGAAACAACGGAAAUGGUGCAUACACAAAAGGCUUUAUCGAAAUAAAGAAAUCAACAACAAUUUAUUUAUAUAUUGGCAGGAAUAAUGGCCGAUAUAAUAGUGUGCCUCCAUAUGCCGCAACGUCAAAUGGCAAAAUUUCAGGAGGAUCCACAGAUAUCAGAUUAAUUGAUGGAGAUUUUUAUGAUUUUGAAUCAUUAAAGAGCCGCAUAAUGGUUGCCGCAUCAGGAGGAUCUUCUGAACGCCUUCAAUCAACAAAAUCUCAUGCAGGAGGAUUAACUGCAAUUAAUUCGACAUCAUACAAGAGUUCCACAGAGUUUGGCGGAGAUAUUGCAUUUAUUUUAAAUGGCGCAACUCAAAUAUCCCCUGGCAAUAUUUCAUAUGUUGCAUCUGACUAUACAUCAAAUCCAAUUCCUGGGCAUUUUGGUAUUGCAGGGUAUAUUAAUGAAACAAAUGAUUGGGGUGGUGUUGCAGGUAAUGGAUAUUAUGCAGGUUGUUCGGUUAAUUAUUUGGGCGCUUCGACAGGUGGCUCAUCAUUUAUUUCUGGCCAUCCAGGUUGUGAUGCGAUUUCAAAUGAUUCAUCAUCAUUCGAUAACAUUACUCACACAGGACAGCCUGUUCAUUAUAGUAACCUUAGUUUCUUUGGAACAGAAAUGAUUGAUGGCCUCGGCCAAAUUCCUUUACCAUGGAUUCAUAGGCCAUUCAAAAACAAAGAGAUUUUUUAUAACACAUCCAACACUGAUUAUUACGAAACAGGACACCAUGGAAAUGGUUUCGUUCGCAUAUCUCUUUUUGAUGAAGCAAUUGUUCUCACAUGUAAAAUAAGAAAUACUUUCUCUAAUCAAAAUAUCUUAUCUUUCCUUGUUUUUAUAUUAAUUUACUCAGAAUAA